AUGCUGGAAGCCGACGACGGACAUAUUGUGACGAUAGCUUCGAUUGCUGGAAAAUUGGCGACGCACGGACAUGUGAGUUGUGGUUUUCCGCGAGCUUCCGCGUAGCGGCACUAUCCGGAAGCCUGCGCGAAGCGCCCCGGAAUCUUCCGCGUAAGCGGUACGAGCGGAGCGAGUGUAGUUCCCUCUGCGUCUCUAACUGUCUAGCUGUGUCUAGCCGUCUAGCUUCUCUGCAUCUUUAACCUCUUGCUUAAGACUAAGCCUAAAGCCCUGCCUAAGCCUAAGGUCCUGUCUAGACCUAAGCCUCGAGCGGCCUGUAGACCGCAAACUUGCGCGAAGCGCCCCGAGCGUAGCGAGUGUAGAGUUCCCUCUGCGUCUCUAACACCCUGUAAUCUCUAGCCGUCUAGCUUCUCUCUGCGUCUCUAACUGUUUAAUGUUCUCUAGCUAUUUGACUUCCGAGCGUAGCGAGUGUAUUUUCCUCUGCGUCUCUAGCUAUCUAGCUUCUCUGCACUCUCUCAAAACCCUAUGCUUUCUAGCUGCCUAGCUGUCUAGCUUCUCUGCGUCUCUAACUUUUCAAUGUUCUCUAGCUGUCUGCCGCAAGCUUGCGCGAAGCGCCCCGGAAUCUUCCGCGUAAGCGGCACGAGCGGAGCGAGUGUAGAGUUCUCUCUGCGUCUCUAGCUAUCUAGCUAUGUCUAGCCGUCUAACUGUCUCUAGCUGUCUGACCCCCAGCUAAUCCAAACUAUCAUUUCCAGCCCGAUUACUACGCCUCAAAACACGCGGCAGUCGGCCUCCACGACGCCACAACCAUGGAUAUUUUGGAGAGCGGAAAAUCGGGAGUUCGUACAACUCUCGUCUGUCCCUAUUACAUUCAUACACCAAUGUUUGACACCAGAGGAGCCCAAACGAGAUUUCCAUUUUUGAUGCCAACUUUGACGGCCGAUUAUGUUUGUGAGAGAAUUGUGGAGGCUGUGCAAUUGGACGUGGAUUUUCUCGUGCUUCCCAAUGUUUUCUAUGCUUUUGUGCUGAAUUUACCGUAAGUUGGGGGCCUGGCUGCGAAAGGCUUGAGUUCAGGCCUAGGCCUAGGCUUGGGCCUUAGGUCUAAACCUAGGCAUGGCCGCUGCGCGGAAGACAGGGCCGCUUCGCGGAAGCUUCCGGUCUAGACUCGCGGCAAGGCCGCUCGGGCCUUAGUUUAAGCCUAGACAUGGCCGCUUCGCGGAAGACAGGGCCGCUUCGCGGAAGCUUCCGGUCUAGACUCGCGGCAAGGCCGCUCGGGCCUUAGUUUAAGCCUAGACAUGGCCGCUUCGCGGAAGACAGGGCCGCUUCGCGGAAGCUUCCGGUCUAGACUCGCGGCAAGGCCGCUCGGGCCUUAGUUUAAGCCUAGACAUGGCCGCUUCGCGGAAGACAGGGCCGCUUCGCGGAAGCUUCCGGUCUAGACUCGCGGCAAGGCCGCUCGGGCCUUAGUUUAAGCCUAGACAUGGCCGCUUCGCGGAAGACAGGGCCGCUACGCGGAAGCUUGCGGUUUACACUCGCGCCUGAGGGGCUCGAGGGCCCAAAUUUUGCGCUGAAACACGUGGAAAUCUUCAAAUUCACUGAAAAUUAGAUUUUUCAUGAGUUUCAGCACAAAAUUUGAGCCUAGAACGCUUCAAAGGGUACUGUAGAAAAUUGUGCCACAAAUUCCAAAAAAAAUGGAUCAACAGUUCUAGAAGCUAAAAAUCUUGUUUUAGACUGAAAUUUUGAGCUGAAAAUCAUAGGAAACCUAAUUUUCAGUGAUUUUGAGCAUUUCCACGUGUUUCAGCAUGAAAUUUUGAUCUAGAAAAGUUUGAAAUUAGUGAUCAGAAGGUCCUGGAUCGACUCCGCAUACCUCCUACCUUUUACCUACCCAAAAUUUUUUAUGGAUAUUUUUUCACGCUGAAAAUGAUGGGAUUGCUCAUUUUAAGCAUUUCCCUGAGUUUCAGCACAAAAUUUCAGUCUAGAAACUCUUUUGUAGAAAAUUGUGCCAAAAGAUUCCAAAAAAAUGGAUCAAUCUUGUUCUAGCCUCAAAUUUUGUGCUGAAAAUCAUGGAAAUCUUCAAAUUCACUGAAAAUGAGGUUUUCCAUGAUUUUCAGCACAAAAUUUCAGUCUAAAACAAGAUUUCUUAGCUUCUAGAACUGUUGAUCCAUUUUUUCGGAAUUUUUUGGCACAAUUUUCUACAGUACCCUUUCAAGAUGUUCUAGGCUCAAAUUUUGUGCUGAAAAUCGCUGAAAAUGUGAUUUUUUCCAGAUUUCUACCGUACAAAGCUCAACAUUUGAUUGGGAAAUAUUUGGGACUUGUUCAAAGUCAGGAUCGAUUUAAUAGGCAAAGCAAUAAGAAUUAA